GCACCGCCUUGAGCUUGGAUCAAGAUCAUCGACACCCAGCCAUCGUCGCCGUCCUCGCAUAUUUUUCUUCAACAGCGAUGAUCCAUACUACACUUUCACCAAUCGCUAUCCCAGUCCGGUCAAGUACGGGGGCAAGAUCUAUCUGACCAGUGAACAUCUCUUUCAGUCGCUCAAGGUGAGAACCUAUCUCAUCCUCUUUAGAGAUGUGGAGAAGAGCAAGGUUAUUAACUUUUUGACGUGACUGAUCAUAUCCUAUGACUCGUAGUUUCGUGAAGAUGAUCCCGAACUCGCAGAGCAUAUUAGAACAUUUUCGGAUGAUGCGAGAGAGACUUGCAACGAAGCAUAUCGGCUUAACGAUCACGUUCGCUCUGAUUGGUCGCAAGUCAGAGUUCAAAUGAUGGAUUUAGCCCUGUCACACAAGUUCCGCCAACAUAAGAAUCUGAGGGACGAGCUUUUGUCCACCGGCAAUGCUGAGUUGAUAGAGGAUUCUCCUUAUGAUGCAUAUUGUGUUAGAAUAUACUCUGACAUACCAAUACCCCAUAGGAUAAUACCUCUGAUUUGUAAGCCAAUCCAGUAUGCAGCAGCUAUACUGUGUAAGACGUCCGUGGUUGCAUGUCAUGUUUAGGAUCCUACAUUGUAUAACCUUGGCCAUAUAGCUCAAUUGGUAGAGCAGCUGGCAUAUAUCCAGAAGGUUCCAGGUUCAAUCCCUGGUCUUGUUACGAUAACACAAUUUUCGGAACUUCCCUUUACUUUUAUUCUCCGCUUUAACCUUGUACUUUAGCU